CGAAACCUCGAGUUAUUCUCUUAAUGAGUUAGGGUGACCAAUUGUUUUUUUGAAUAACCUAAACCCUAGCUAAGGCAAUCAGUUUUUAUGAAUUCAGGAGGUAAAAGACGUUGAUCAUCAUCGACCGAACGAUGCGGUUCCGCUCUCCAUUGGUUUUGUAAACGCUGAAGGCAUAAUGCAUGUUUGCAUCCCAAAGAACACCGCCAUCCCAACCAAGAAGUUUAAGAUGGCCAUAACCACCCAGUUGGACAACCAGAAAAACAUAUCCUUUACGUUCUACCAAGGGCAAAGAAGCAAGGCAAGCGACAACAAGUUUCUUAACAAACUAGUUUUCUAUGGUAUUCCUCCUGCUCCCAGAGGUGGUCGGAAGUUUAAUUACACUUAGCCUUGACGUCGACAUUGACGGCAAUCUGAAUGCAUCUGUCGAGGACAAGGAAACCGGACAGAAGAUCAUGAGCCAGAAAAGCUUGAUUCUUCUGCCUGCAGAGGAGGUGGAGAAGAUGGUUCGAGAAGGAGAGAAGCACGCCUUGGAGGAUAAGGAGUACGUGGAGAGGAUGAGGAUCGUGAGAUCAAUGGUGGAUCACUCGGCCCUCCUUCGAGAAAUCAUGGCGGCUGGAGACUACUCUAAGAAGGUGAGAGAUAGGGUUAAGGAUAUUGCAUUGGAGUUGUUGGACGAGUUCAAGGAGAAGGUGAAGGCGUUGGAUUCUUAAUUAGAGGGGAUAUAUAUAUAUAUGGGGCAGAGGCUAGCGUACAGUACGUUGUAUGCCUGUGUUCACAUUUAUUUUUUGCAUUUUAAUAUAUUUUGCUGAAUCAGAACCGUUGGUUAUUAUUUUUUUAGAUUAAAUCAAUCUUGUGAUUUGGG